GAGGAGCGCGCACUCAACGCACCCACUUCGUCGAGAGAGCUCGUGCCUGCCGCAACGUCGCUCGCAACUCCGCAGGAGGCGCAGCGCAGGGUCGCGUUCACCACCCGACCCGACGGCAGGACAGUUCCGCGCCAGAGAACCAGGUGCAUGCCGCAAUCGAGCAGAUAUACCGAACACUAACUUGCUCUCGCUCACGCACGUGUACAACGCCAAUACGAAGCCGUGCGAUGCCGGCCGAUGUUUGAUUGUGCCCGCUGAACGCCAGAUCGACUCACCGGCUGUGCCCGUGUGUGCACGAGAACGCGGGCCAGACGCGCGCGGCUCGCGAGCGCGACCGAAAUUCACUCAGUCGACUCGAGGCUGGCGUGUCGCUACGACGUCGUUUCGCCGCUCCGCACCACGCGUUCGCUGAAUUUUUAUUUGCAUAAUUACGCGACCAUAGUUGUUACGUACACCACUGUGACCGAUUCGUUGUGCAUAUUACAUUAAUUGAAGGUUGGAUAGGUUUGUAAAUAGUAGAUACAAGUGCGCGCGUGAAAAAGCACCGCAGUCGUAAAGUGAAAUUGUUAUAUUUUUUUUGUUUCGUGACCAAGUGCGCGUUUCCAAUCCGUUCGAGGAUCUAAUUUGAUUAAUAGUUUGGGGACAAUCUUCAGAAAACGAAUCACAACACAACCAGUGACCACGUUGUAUCAUCCGCUAUCAAAACACCCCAUAUUGUUAAUUAUCUUGAUGCAAACAAACAAGAUUUGACUCUUGGGCAAUUUCUACUUGAGAAAUAAACAGUCUCUGGUGGGUGAGCAUCAUUAAUUAGUUUCGUUGACUUCGCUCCACCGUCUUACGACGUCUCGCCGCCCCGGUACUGCUGCUGCCAUCGUUCAACGCGCGCGCCCCUCAUGUUUCCAGACUUAAUUGAGUCGUUCGCAAAAGGACAGCGUACCUAGGGAGUGAGUGAGUGAGAGAAUUCGCAGGAAUCGAGUGCGAUUCAUUGUUUCGUCACGGGUGUAGGCGCUCCGUAAGGCGCUUCAAACCGUCAAGCUGGCAGCCAGUGCAUUAGCGGCGAUGAACCCCCAUUAUCACCCGUACGGUGGUUCGGAGCUGACGUCUCCGCAUCCACCGUCACCGGACAACAAUAAUUACCAUUCGGGCCAUCCCGGCUCGGGACCUCCCCACAUGCACCCCACCAAUGGACACACAAUGGGACCAUUAGGACAUCAAGGCGGGCCGCACGAGUCGCACCAGCACCACCAACACCCGGCGUUUGGCAGCGGAGGCGGAGGCGGUGGUGGCCCACCGCCGUCCUCGAAUCAGCACCACCAGCACCAGCAUACGACAGUGAACAACAAUAACAAUAAUACGGUCAAGGUGUGCGCGGGUUGUGGUGGCAAAAUCGUCGAACGUUUCCUCCUGCACGCGUUAGAUCGUUACUGGCACAACGGUUGCUUGAAAUGCUCGUGUUGCGGCGCCAUGCUGGCCGACAUCGGCUCGUCUUGUUUCACGAAGGGCGGCAUGAUAUUAUGUAAACAGGAUUACAUGAGGUUAUUCGGAAAUUCGGGCGCGUGUUCGGCGUGUGGGCAGACGAUUCCCGCCAGUGAGUUCGUGAUGAGGUCCGGCGGACCAUCACCACAACAACCUGGCGCACCGCCCCACGUCUUCCAUCUGAAGUGUUUCGCGUGCAGCAAGUGCGGCGCGCACCUGGUGCCCGGCGACCGUUACUACAUGCUGGCGGGUAGUCUUGUCUGCGAGCAGGACUGGCAUAAGCUGCUCAAGACCUCCACCACGACGACAGUGCGCAAAGGAAAAGUUGGACGGCCUCGCAGAAGCAGAGAUUGAGCAUAUCGGAUCCUUCGACAUCAUGUAAUAUAUGAUUCAAAUUCUUGCGAUGAGGACUCCUCCGACGAUGUGGAUUCAUGUUCGUCUUGCAGCGAAUGAACUUGACCAGAGAGCAGCGUCACGUCGUCGGAGAUGGACAACAUCGACCAAGUUUUAUCCAACGAAGUAUCUUAAUAAACAAAUACGCAUUACGCAACUAAAUGCUGGACGCAGUGAUAAAGCGCUGAAGUGAUAUUAAUCGACGACGAAAUGGUGUUAGGUCUACGCGAUGCAGUGAACAACGAAGGAAGCUAGGUCAAAGUGGAUACGCACCGAUUUCAAAGUGUGGGUUUUGCGCCCGAAUUUGUUUGUACAAAGUUUGUUAGUUAGUUAAUCAUGAACGCUCUAAUUUAAGGCCUGCGUUGAUGAAGAGACUUAUUGUGUACUUAAAUCAUUGUAAAUAGAAUCACUCGAUUGUAUUUAAAGCACAGAUAAUGUGAAAAUGGGUAUACACAGAAGGAAACGAUGCAAAUAUUGUGAAGACAAGCUGCGAUUGGAGAACAGCAAUCAUAGCCGAGAUGUCGACAUCUGCGACAAUCUUUAUUUUGUACAUAAACUUAUUGAGUAAUAAUAAUUAAUUGUUAAAUAUCGAAAGAAACCAGUAAUAUCCGAGAUAAAAACGAAAACACAUUGUGAGUGAAUGGCACAUGCAGAUGCGAUAAGCGUUCUUCUUCCGUUUGAAGUGUAACAAGCAGGGCAAAUGCAGAGAUGCAUCUGGAAGGCAGAAGUGAUGAGAUAACACAAGUUAUCGAGUUUGCCCUGGCGAGAGACUUGUGAUUAUUGUUUAAAUUAUUGUAUUAUUCGUUUAUUUCUCGUUGCUAUUGUUGUUACUAGGUAAUAUUUUUAUUCUUCGAUUCUCUGGAAUUGCAAACGGACCGAUCACAAAGCAGUUUGUUUGCAAAUCUUCAAUCUUACAUAUAACAAACGGUUUGAGUCAUUGGAAAUUGUCAAUUUACCCUCCUCUCCGUGAUUGUUUCAAUAAUCAUACGUUGUGCACCAAAAUGUAUAUCGAACGAAGGAACGAACUGUCAAUCAUUUAAUCCGAAGUACAAACUACCAUCAUGUGAAGCUAACCAAUCGAAAGCGAAGCGAAAUAGUCGUGCGCGUGCGGUGCUCUAAUUGUGACACUGGUUCGUAAUUGAAACUGAAAACAACCGAGUGCACUGCCACGGGCGCUGUCAUGCAAGACGUAUAAUGAAAUCUCAUACACUACUGCGGCGAUUUGUAGUUAUUAAAAAGUUAAAUUGUGUGCAAUAAACCAACAUCCUCAGCAGACACAAUCGCAACAAGCCAUAAAAUUGUAUCCAUAUAUUCCUCGUUCCUGUUUCUGCUUACUCUCCACUCAAUUUUCCUGGUGGUAUUUUAUUUGAGUCUUGUCCCAAAGCAAUCCCGACAUCCUCGAGUCUUGUACUUUUAAUAACCAACACAUCGUAUAAAAACACUAAAACACACACUGAGAAAAUAAUUUGCUCAAAAUGUUUCUAUUAUAAAAUAUCAAGAACAAUGACAAACUUUUGAAAUUUGGAAAAGGACGUUGAAAAGUUAGGUUUCCAUUAAUUCUGUGUGCAUUCCACAAUAAUAAACAAAAUCAAUUUGAAAA